UUGUCCCUGUUCUUCCCCAAAGGGCAGACUCAACAGACUCGUGGACCCAAGUCCGCAUCGACACGCUUCCCUUGCGGCGCUGAUCACUACCCACCUGCUCGCCGCCGCCGGAUCGCCGCCUCUCGCUAGGGACGUCGCGCUCCCGACGUCACGCGCCAGUCCGGUUAACACCACCCGCACAACCUAGCCGCACUAUGGACCGUGCCCGCCACAAGAGCUCGCCCAGCUCCGAGCGCCUCCUCGGCUCUUUCCUCCCUCCCUCGGCCGCCGGCGACCAGCCUGGCUCGGUGGCCUUCGAGCUCGAUGAGGACGACCUCUUCGCCUCAGGAGCCCCAUCCCCCGAGCGGCCGCAGCCGCCGCGCUGGCCCCUCCUCAUCUCCUCAAUCCGCGCCGCAAACCCUAGCCCCACCAUCCCCCGCCUCCGCCGUCCGCCGGGGGGCAUCCUCGAAGCUCUCCCCGAGCGCUUCGGACCUCUCUCGCCACCUCUGUCUUCUUCGUCUACCUCGUCGUCCCCCGCGUCCCCGGUGACGGCCCUUCCCCGCAUGAUCCCCUCCAUUCCCCGCCCUGCACCGGCGCCGGCGAUGCAUAUGCCGCAGUCUGCACCGGUGAAUGUGCCGGCAGCGAGGCUGCGUCGACCGCCGGUGGUGGAUGAGUUCACUGCUGAAGCGGAUGACGACGAUGACGAGGAGAUGCUGCCGCCGCACGAAAUGGUGGCGCGCUCUCGGGCGCGGGAGUCGCCCAUGACGACGUUUUCGGUGUUGGAGGGCGCUGGACGCACGCUCAAGGGCAGGGACCUCCGCCAGUCUGAUCCCAUCGGCUGGGGCUGUGGUGUUUGCAGCCACGGGGAGGUCUUCAUUGUGAAUACAGUCAGAUCAUGCUCCCAUGGUCCCAUGAAGAGUUCAAGUGCCCAUGCACCGGCGAUGCUACAUCUUAGUGAGGCUGUAUUAUCACUGGAUGGCACUGGCGGUCAGAGGACGGAAAAUGCCCUCGUGUUUGCCUAAGGUCCAGCGUCUACUUGAAGAUAACUUCGAAGUGACAGACCAGAACAUCAGUAAGACGGCCAGUGAUGCAGCUCUUGUUCUUGUUCUUUUUCUGAACGGAAGCUUGAUCUUGUUUUAGCUUUGCUAAUUGCGCCCGUGCUGGCUACAGUGCGUAGGCGCGUAGCCAUGGCGCUAAUUUGAGAGCUGGGAAAUGAAACGGCUGACCGGUCGACAGAUACCGGCUCCAUCGUUGAAAAGCAAAAGAACAGGGGAAGUGUAGAGAGGCUGGUGAUUUGGUGAAGGAUCUCCAGGAGCAGGAAAAGGACUAUUGCCUUUGGAUUGACCGGGUGGCUGUAGCCUGUAAACUGUCAAGUGUAGGUGGUGAACAACUAGAGAAUUUUGCAGGACAACUGCAGCCAGCUCAGUCAAGGAAUGAUCAACUCAGAAUAAUCCGCAGUUGCGGAAAACGCAGAGACAGCGUCUUCCGUCUAGUUUCACAGUCAAGGGCUUGACCCAUAAUGGCCAGUUGUUUGCCAUUGACGUAGUGAAAUCCAUGACAGCUAGGCUACGUACCUGACAUGGACCUCCGGAGAACUCUUGACGAGCCGUAGCUUAUAGAUUUAUUAUGAAGACAAACGAGGCGUGAUUUUCUGACUA